UUUCCGGGAUCAAGGGGGGGAGCAAAGAUGGGUAUCCAUGACGUAUAAGUACACUAAAGAAGGUACUGCAGUUGCCCCAAAUCCUUUCCGGUCGCUCGCGGCUAUCCUCCUCUCCAUCCGCCAUGCGGCCACCGCAGCCGGGGCAUGGAUUCCGGGCUGCCGAGGGGCCCUGACGGAUCAUGGGAGAAAAGAAGGGAACAAGACGCACACAGUAUUCCUAGUAAAGGAGACGGCUAGGUACAAAAAGUCUCAAGGGCCGCCCGGUCCCAUCUUUCCGUAUUCAACACACACCUGCGACCCCCCAUCAUAGGGACCCCAGUCAGAUUCAACCAGUGGGAAACGUUGCCGUCCUAAACGAACUCCAUUCCGCACCAGCUGCCAUCAUGGUUCCGACGACGACUUUGAAGGAUACCACAGGACACCACACCCCUCCCCCUUGUCACAUCACCCCGGCUGAAGCAAACUGUGGAUCUCGUUUGUGUCUUUCUUAAUUUUACCAUGUUGAUUAGAAUUUCGGACUGUUCUUCUAGCGCGCUCCUCUUUUUCCUUCUUCACCUUCUUCCAGUGGGGGGCCUUGAGAGACCCAACUGAGC